AUGGCUCACCCCAGCGUAAGAGCAGAGCCUAUUGCAAUCGUAGGAAGCGCUUGUCGCUUUCCUGGAUCCGCAAGCUCUCCUUCCAAACUAUGGACACUACUUUCACAGCCUCGUGAUCUUGGCUUCGAGAUCCCCGCAGAUCGGUUCGGAAAAGGGUUCUAUCACCCUAACGGUGCCCAUCAUGGAACCACCAAUGUACAACAUGCAUACCUGCUAGAAGAAGACAUCCGUGUGUUUGAUGCUUCAUUUUUCAAUAUUCAUUCAAAGGAAGCAGACUCGAUCGAUCCGCAACAGCGGUUACUCCUGGAAACGGUCUAUGAAGCCAUGGAGAGUGGCGGKCAUACGAUCGAAGGACUUCGAGGUUCUGAUACUGCCGUUUAUACUGGUACAAUGAGUGUCGAUUGGAUGGAUCAAGGUGUUAGGGACUUUGACACCAUGCCACAAUAUUUCGCCACGGGUUCUAAUCGGGCCAUCAUAUCCAACCGUAUUUCAUAUGUGUUUGACUGGAGGGGACCUAGAGAAUCGCGUGUUGCCGUGGCAUGCGGUACUCAAGUGAUCCUUAACCCAGAACAGUUUAUUGCGGAAAGUAAGCUGCAGAUGCUUUCACCAACAGGUCGGUCACGUAUGUGGGACAAAGAUGCUGAUGGGUACGCUCGUGGUGAGGGUACGGCUGCUAUUAUUAUGAAGAAACUUAGCGAUGCGAUCGCAGACGGAGAUUACAUUGAGAGUAUCAUUCGCGAGACAGGAACUAACCAAGACGGCCGAACCCCUGGUCUCACAAUGCCAAGUUCAGAAGCGCAGUCUGCAUUGAUACAUACAACUUAUAAGAAAGCUGGCCUGGAUCCCGUCAACAAUCCCCGUGAUAGACCUCAAUAUUUCGAGGCCCACGGCACUGGAACUCAAGCAGGCGACCCAAGAGAAGCUGCCGCUAUUUACGAGUCGUUCGGUCGUCAUAUUUCCGCAUACGAAACUCCGUUGUAUGUGGGUUCCAUUAAGACAGUAAUUGGUCAUCUUGAGGGUGCCGCGGGUCUUGCUGGUCUUCUCAAAGGCUCAGCUAGCAUUCAGAAGGGAUACAUCGCACCAAAUCUCCUCUUCAAGAACCUGAACCCAAAGCUUGAGCCCUACUACAAGAGUCUACAAGUACCGACAGAAUUGACUCCCUGGCCAGCAGUCCCUGAAGGCGUGCCUCGACGUGUUAGUGUCAAUAGUUUUGGAUUUGGUGGUAGUAACGCGCACGCAAUCUUAGAACAGUACACCGGAUCUAGUGGCGCAGAAACGCCCACUUCUUCCGAUGCCACAACGUUCACACCAUUCGUGUUUUCAGCAAUGUCUGAGAACUCUUUGGUAGCACAAUUGCAAGCCUACUCCGACCAUCUGAAAACUCACAGUGACAUCAGCCCACACGAUCUUGCAUGGACAUUGCAAGCACGAAGGAGUCACUUUCCACUUAAGAUAGCUUUCUCUGCACUUACAAUCGAACAGUUGGCAUCGAAAAUUGAUGCCAAACUUGAAACACUUCAGACAAAACCGGGCACUGCUCUGGGAGUUCGUGCAAGUUCCAGACAGACCAAUGGUGCUCCUCACAUACUUGGCGUCUUCACCGGCCAAGGAGCUCAAUGGGCAUCCAUGGGAGCGCAAUUGAUUCGCUCCUCUGAGUUCGUGCGCAACAGACUUCGGGACCUUGAGAAGUCGUUGGCGUCUUUGCCCGCAGAUGAUCAGCCCAAAUGGAACCUCACAGAACAAAUACUUGCUGGAAAAGAAACUUCACGCAUUGCUGAGGCCGCGUUAUCACAGCCUCUUUGUACCGCAAUUCAGGUUGUUCUAGUAGAUCUCCUACGUACUGCUGGAAUCAAUUUCACCACCGUAGUAGGGCAUUCAUCAGGCGAAAUUGGUGCUGCUUAUGCGGCAGGCUUCCUUUCAGCUGGAGACGCUAUUCGUGUUGCCUACUACAGGGGAUUAUACGCAUAUAUGGCAGAUGGUGGGAGUGGUCAGAAGGGUGCCAUGCUUGCGGUAGGAACUUCUUGGGAGGAUGCUCAUGAGCUCAUCAACCUAAGGAGGUUCAAAGGUCGUCUUGCUGUCGCUGCCCACAAUUCUCCAGCAAGUGUGACUCUGUCAGGAGAUGCUGAUGCGAUCGCUCAUGCUAAGCGGGUCUUUGACGAGGAAAAGAAAUUUGCAAGACUACUUCAAGUAGACACCGCCUAUCACUCCCACCAUAUGCUUCCAUGUGGUGACCGCGUGACUGGGAGUGACAAGCCGAUGACUGCAGUCGAUGAACUCCAAGAUGAGUACUGGAGGGACAAUAUGACAAAGUCAGUCUUGUUUUCUGAGGCUGUGCAGAAUGCAUUCGCUUCUGAUGACCAAAUGCAUCUCGGUCUCGAAGUUGGUCCACACCCGGCACUCAAGGGCCCCGUGGCACAGAAUGUCAACGAUGACCGUUCUACCCCAUUCACUUACACUGGUGUUCUGAGCCGUGGCCAAAACGACAUCGAGGCAUUUGCGGACGGUCUUGGCUUUGUGUGGACGCAACUGGGCGCCGGCGGUGUCGAUUUCCAGUCGUACGAAAAAGCCGUGACAGGUUCAAAAGACUCAAAAUAUACCCAGCCAAAAAAGAUUCGUUCUCGAGCGGAGCCAAACCACGAAAUUCUAGGAAGUCUAUCACCCGAGUCUACCCCACAAGAUAUGCGAUGGUCGAACAUACUCAAAGUGUCAGAGAUGCCAUGGCUAAGCGGGCAUCAAAUCCAAGGGCAAAUGAUUUUCCCUGCCGCCGGAUAUGUCGCUAUGGCAAUCGAGUCGUCCAAGAUUCUUGCGGCUGAUAGAAGUGUCAAGACAUAUGAGCUUUAUAAUUUGUCCAUCCCCAGAGCGACUGUUAUUGAUGAUGCAGACAAUGCUAGUGUUGAAACUCUUGUCACUUUGACGAAGAUUCAGUAUCACCAGGAUCAAACAGCAACUGCUGACUUCUCCUGUUACGCACUAGCCGUCACCAGCACCGGAUCGAAACAAGAAAUGGCGAUCAAUGCUACAGGUACCGUCAAGAUAAUUUUCGGAGAACCAGAUGUUGACGCAAUAUCUUCUACACCCCUGGAAGACUACAACCUGCGCGCAGUUGACAGCGAUGAAUUCUAUGAAUUCCUUUCCAAGCUUGGAUAUGGCUAUACAGGUCCAUUUAGAGCGUUGACAUCUACCAAACGUCGACUUGGCCACUCCAGUGGUCUGAUUGACACUUACGCUUAUGCUGAUUCUGAGCCUUCUAGAUACCUUAUUCAUCCCAGUACCCUCGAUGUUGCGUUCCAAGCCUCGAUACUCGCGUACACAUCUCCAACGGAUGAGCGACUUUGGUCUCUGCACGUCCCAACGGUAAUUGGAACCAUUAGGGUUAAUGCAGCAACGUGUGCUUUACCACUCCCUAAUGGUUCCCGCGUACCUGUUUACUCUGUCCUCGAGGACUCAGAAGCUUUCUCUGGGUUCAUCGAACUAUUGAGUGAGGAUGGCCAACAUAGCAUGGUCCAGGUCGAAGAUUUGGUGAUCAAGCCUUUGGCUCCGGCUGCAGAAUCAGACGAUCGCGUCAUGUUCACUCAUACAAAGUUUGCUCCAGCCGUGGCAGAUGGUGCUAUUGCCUCAGAUGGCCAACAGCCUUCCUCCUACGAACUUGAUCUGAGUCUUAUUUGCGAAAGGCUCUGUUAUUUCUAUAUUUCGAAAUGGGCCUCCGAACUCACUGAUGAAGAUUGGAAGAACGGCCCGGCGCACUUCCUGCACCUUCGCAACUGGGUCAAGCAUACCAUGUUUCCUUCGGAAUCUUUCACCAUGGUGCUGAUGCUUGCCUUUAAUGUAGUUCUCCUCAAUGUUGCCAAGGGUAAAAACCCACAUAUCAAGCGAGAAUGGUCAAAGGAUACUCCCGAAUUCAUCGAGAAAUUGGUCAGUCCGUACGAGAAAGAUGGCAACGUCAAGAUAAUUCGUGCUGUGGGUGACAAUCUGCCCGCCUCUGUCCGCGGCGAAACGACCAUCUUAGAGCACAUGAUCAAAGACGACAUGCUCGAGCAGCACUACAAGAAGAGUUUAGGAGCGGAAGUGGCCAAUGAAUUCUUGGCCAAUAUGAUGAAGCAAAUCAUCCAUCGCUAUCCACACGCAAAAAUUCUCGAAAUCGGUGCUGGUACUGGUGGAGCCACCAAGGCAGUCCUUGACACCAUUGAGGGUGCCUUUUCAUCUUACACGUACACCGACUUGAGUGUCGGUUUCUUUGGGCUUGCAGAAAAGAUGUUCGAAGCUUACAGCGACAAGAUGGAAUUCAAGACCUUCGAUGUGGAGAAACUGCCGAAAUCUCAGGGUUACGAACCCAAUUCAUACGAUAUCGUGAUCGCUUCCAAUUGUUUGCAUGCAACUCGUUCACUGCAAACGACAUUAGAACACACUCGACAACUCUUGAAGCCUGGUGGGUAUCUCUUGAUCUUGGAACUGACCAUGCCCAUUGAGGUCAUUCGCACCAACAUGAUCUUCGGUGUACUUCCCGGUUGGUGGCUCGGUGUGGACGAUGGUAGGAAAUUGUCACCAACCAUCUCCCGUGGCGGUUGGCACUCGAUACUGCGCAAAACAGGUUUCUCCGGCAUCGACACAAUCAAUACUGAUGUUAGUCCUAUUACCUGGCCGGCUUCGGUCGUCGUUUCUCAAGCAGUCGACGACCGAGUGCAAUUUUUGCGCCGGCCAUUGUCUGCGCCGGCCACUUCGGCCCCUAUCUAUAUUGAGUCGCUUGUUAUCCUUGGAAACGGUACGCUAGAGACUGCGCGAGUGGCCGAAGAAUUACAAGAUCAUCUACAACGUUUUUGUGGUGAGAUCACCCUUCUUGACAGCUUGCCAACUGAGGAAGAUGCGUUCAGUCUGAAUCCGAUGAGCACAUUCAUCAACCUGGUGGACCUUGACUCGCCGAUUUUCAAAGAUAUAACCGAAGACAACAUGGAGGGUGUUAAACGUAUGUCUGAAUUGGCGAAGAACAUAUUAUGGAUCACCCAAGGUGCCUUAGCAAASGAGCCAUAUCACAUGGCAAGUAUUGCUUUCUGCCGCGCUUUGCGCACAGAGGCGCCGCAUGUUAGCUUGAACAACCUCGAUAUCUCAGACAUACAGCAGGAUAACAUCUCGAAAUCUAUCGCAGAGCAUCUGCUGCAGCUGUAUGCUCUUGAAGAGUGGGAGCAAGAACCCCAGCCGCUUUUGUGGUCCAAAGAACGCGAGUCUUUCAUAGAAGAUGGAAAGCUGAAAAUUCCACGAAUCGUUGCCAAUAACAAUCUAAAUGCUAGAUUGAAUUCUAGCAGACGAUUAGUCACAAAACAAAAGAUCGAGGACAGUGACAAAGUUUCGUUCUUGCCAUCAAGCGACACAACCCCGGCGUCUCUAGUCAACAUAGCAUCUCUAGACGAACAUGAAAGCUCUAUCAAAGUUGAGACUUCGAGUGCAAUGGCAAUCAAGGUUGACUUGAGCACUACGUUGUUCAUUGCUAUUGGCAGGGAGCACGGAUCCACAGAGAGUACAACUGUGCUCCUUUCAACCACCAAUACUAACAAGCAAUCUCCAGUUGUGCAAACGACUGUUCCCGAAUUUAGUAGCAUGUCAUCAGAGAAACUCCUAAUUCUUGUCGCAAGCGAAUUGCUGGCGGAAAGUUUAACUAACAACUUGUCUUCGGGUAAUCAUUUACUGCUGCACUGUUCUAAGGAAGAUAGAUUCCUGGUAGAGGCAUUGUCUCGACGAAUUGCAAACCAAAAUGUCCGUCUCAGCAUCACAUAUGACUCCGCAGAAAAAGUUAGCAGUCUGCAAGGUCCAACCUGGAUCAAGAUCGGUGAACGUACACCUCGCCAUUUCUUACGCAAAGCACUUCGCGUUGCAAAGCCUUCACACUAUCUUGACUUGACGGCUACGUCUUCUUCUGGUCAAUCUGGAGGACACCUUGGAGCUCGUAUUGCUCAGGACCUGCCUGCUGGUUGCAAGAAAAUUGAUGCAUCCACUCUAUUCCACCCCGAGUCAUCGCUGCCUGUUUCUUACAAUGAAUCAACCUUGGUUGGUCAUCUUGAGGGCGCCGUCACAAAGGCAAUUACCAAUUCAGCUACGGAGAAGGAAUUUCAAAGUUUGGUCGUUGAACUUAGCCAGGUCGAGGAGCCAUCGACACAGUACUAUGCAACUAGUGCGGUUCGCUGGCCUUCGGACGGGCUGGUGAAGACAAAAGUGCGUCCCCUUGAUGUCUCAGGCUUCUUCUCUAAAGACAAGACCUAUGCACUUAUCGGAUUGAGCGGUGCAAUUGGACAAUCGCUUGCUGAGUGGAUGGUCUCUAACGGCGCGGGCUGCGUUGUUUUGACGAGUAGGCGUCCUGAUAUUGAUCCAAGAUGGAUUGAUUCCUUCAAAGAAUCAGGUGCAACAGUCAAAGUACUCCCAAUGGAUGUUACGGACAUUGAUAGUGUAGAGAGUGCCGUUAAAAUCAUUAGGGAUACCUGCCCCCCAAUCGCUGGUGUGGCGCACGGAGCCAUGGUCCUCCACGAUUCGCUCUUUGCAAGAAUGUCAGCAGACAAGAUGCAACAGAUUAUUGGACCCAAGGUCGACGGUGCGAUCAACCUCGAAACUGCGUUCAGUGAAGACGACCUUGACUUUUUUGUCAUGUUCUCCUCAGUUUCGAUGGUUUGUGGAAACGCGGGUCAAUCAUUGUACGCUGCCGGAUGUGGUUACUUGAAUGGUUUGGCCAGGGAGAGACGCAAGCGAGGUCUUGCGGGCUCCACUUUCGAUAUUGGCCGUGUCGUUGGUAUAGGUUAUGUCGAGUCGGCGGCCCAAGUUGUCCGGGAUCAAUUAAUCGGACUGGGACUCAAGCCCAUUUCUGAAGCAGAUCUACGCAAUGCAUUCGCAGAAACUAUCCGAGCCGGUUUCCCACAACCCGAGGACAAAGACACACUUCCUGAAGCAGUUGUAACCAUGGGCGUUCGUCACUUCCGGGAAGACGAGGAUGUAAAAGGGCCGUGGUUCACCAAUCCCCUCUUCUCGCACUGCAUCAUUGAGAAACCAAGCAGUCAAUCAAGCUCCGGGGAUCAACGAAAGAAGACAUCCCUUCCUUUGAGCCAGCAACUCGCCCAAGUAGAGUCGAAGAAGGAAGCUUUGGAAGUCAUAAUUGAUUGUUUCUCGGAGAAAUUAGGUGUCAUAUUACAGCUUGGGGAUCAAGCAAUCGACCGUGAUGCGCCACUAAACGAGCUUGGAAUCGAUUCCUUGGUGGCGGUUGAAGUGCGAGCGUGGUUCUUGAAAGAACUAAAGGUUGACAUUCCGGUGCUCAAGAUUAUUGGAGGAGCCUCACCCACAGAGCUUUGCCAAAAAGCACUGGAACUCCUACCGGAUGCAGUCUUAUCUGGCAUCGGGGCAUCAAAGGCUGAGGUCCCGAAAUCCGCUGCAAAGUUGGACCUGAAAGUGCCUUCCCAGCAGCAGGUUUUAGAUUCGGGUUCAAGCUCCAACACAUCUAAAGCCAACUCGACUCCCGGAUCUAUGUCUCCUACUAUCACAACGCCGUCCACAGCGCAGUCAUUUGUAGGUUCCGAAGCGGGCGAUGAGGUCCCUACCGUUGCAGAGUCUCAGAAGGCUAAUGCGAAAGCAGACGCAUUCCCUCCUGAACGUCGACCACAAAAGUUCUUGAAGAGCGUUCCCAUUUCCCUCGCGCAAUCUCGAUACUGGUUCCUUCAACAUCUACUCGCCGACCAAAGCACGCACAAUGUCGCCACAUAUUACCGCAUCACGGCAGAUCAGACUGCGGAAGGCGAAGCUAGUCAGAAGAUCAUGCCUAGUUCCCCGCUACGCCUUGAGGUUAAGAAAAUCAAUUCUGAAGAAGAUGUUGCGACUGAGUAUGCAAAGAUAAGAACUUACGAACUUAACUUGGAGACCGGUGAUUUGUUGAAACUGGUUCUCCUGACCCUCUCACCGUCAGUUCAUUUCCUUCUCAUGAACUACCAUCACAUCAUCAUGGAUGGUAUUAGCUGGCAAGUCUUCCUUGCCGACCUACAAAAGGCUUACAACGGCGAAUCCCUCGGAGCACCUCCACGGCAAUACCCAGAAUUCUCUGUGACUCAGCGCAAGGCUUUGGAGAGUGGAGCGAUGGAUGAGCAGCUCAAUUACUGGCGACAGAUGUUCCCUACCAAUGACCCGCCAACGGUUUUGCCACUGUUGCCAAUGUCUCGUGUCAGUGCCAGAAAAUCCAUGAAGAUAUACGAUACCCAUCAAGUAGAGUUCCGACUGGAGCCAGACUUGUUAGCGCAAGUAAAGUCUUUCUCAAAGGCCAAUGGAGCUUCCCCAUUCCAUCUUUAUCUGGCCGCCUUCAAAGCUAUGCUCUUUAGCUUCAUGGAUGCACCAGAUUUGACAAUUGGCGUUGCUGAUGCGGGCCGCUCCGAGCCCAAUCUGCAGGGUAGUAUUGGGUUCUUCCUCAAUCUGCUUCCCCUGAGAUUCCGACGUCAAGAGAAUCAGCAAUUUACCGAUGCGAUGAUUGAGGCUCGAAACGUCCACUAUGCGGCGCUUGAGAAUUCUCGGGUACCGUUUGAUGUUCUCUUGGCCGAGUUGAACGUGGCUCGUUCCUCAUCGUAUAGUCCAAUCUUCCAGGCUUUUCUUGACUACCGCCAGGGCUUCCCGACAAAGCAUCCAUUUGGCAAUACUGAGUUCGAAAUCAAGACAGUUAAUCAUGGACAAAGUGCAUAUGACAUUACCCUAGAUGUGACUGAUAGCGCCGUGGAUACGAUUGUCAUGAUCCGGGCACAAAAGAGUCUGUAUGACAAGAUGGCUACGGUUCUAUUUUCUGAGACCUUUACUCAUUUCCUCGAGAUUCUGACCAGUGAUCCGUCUUUGACUCUGAAGAAUACCCCUCUCUAUGGCAAAAAGCAGCGCAACAAUGCCAUCCACGUUGGCUGUGGUCCCCGUCUGAUCUCCGACUGGCCAGCAACACUGCCCCAUCGAAUUGAUCAAGUUGCCCAGGAUAACGGAAAUAAAGUCGCCCUCACGGAUGGAUUUGGCAAUGAACUCACGUACAAAAAAAUGACAGAUCGUAUCGAAGCGAUUGCUGAGGUGCUGAUAACCAAGGGGGUAGGCACUGGCUCUCGAGUGCCUGUCUUUCAACAAGCAGCUUCGGAUUGGGUUUGUUCCAUGCUCGCCAUCAUGCGUGUGGGCGCUAUCUAUGUACCACUAGACCUCCGAAAUCCUCUUCCUCGUCUUGCUUCAGUUGCAAAGAACUGUGAACCAGCAGCGAUCCUCGCAGAUGCAACUACAGUGCACGAUGUUCCCCAGCUCGGUGUCGUUGACGCCCAUGUCAUCGAUGUAACUACUGUCAGUUCCAAGGCUUCGGGUCCUAUUACGAACUCUGCACAGCCAGACUCUCCAGCUGCAAUACUCUAUACUAGUGGCUCUACAGGAACACCAAAGGGUAUUGUGGUCAAACACUCGGGUCUCCGGAACGAGAUUGAGGGCUAUACAAAGAUGUGGAAAUUAGGCGCCGAGCGAACCCUGCAGCAGAGUGCAUUCACUUUCAAUCAUUCUUCGGAUCAGAUAUACACAGGUCUCACUAAUGGCGGCAGCGUCUAUAUCGUCCCAUGGAGCGCACGUGGUAAUCCUCUUGAAAUCACCAAGAUCAUGCAUGAACAGUCAAUUACGUAUACCAAGGCAACACCUUCCGAGUAUAUGCUCUGGAUGCAGUACGGUGGUGAUCAGCUCCGGCUUGCGUCAAAAUGGCGUUCCGCCUUUGGUGGUGGUGAAAGUUUGACCACCACCGUCACCAACGAAUUCGCCAAACUCGAUCUUCCAGACUUGCGUUUCUACAAUUCAUACGGCCCUACAGAGAUUUCAAUUUCAUCUACGAAGAUGGAGAUUGCAUACCGCGAGAAGCAAGAGUUGGAGAGCAUGGGACGCAUUCCGUGCGGUUAUUCUCUGCCAAACUACGAUACCUACAUCGUAGACGAGGAAAUGAGACCGGUGCCCAUUGGAGCCCCUGGAGAAAUUUGUAUUGGCGGCGCUGGUGUGUCGCUGGGUUAUUUCAAAAAUCUGGAGCUCACAGAAAAGCAUUUUGUGCAGAAUCCCUUCGCAACGCCUGAGGAUAUCGCCAAUGGCUGGACACGCAUGUACCGGACGGGKGAUAUUGCCCACUUGCGCGAAGACGGCGCCAUGGUGUUCCAUAGCCGUAUUGCAGGCGACUCGCAAGUCAAGAUUCGCGGUCUACGCAUUGAACUUAGCGACAUUGAAACUAACAUCAUAGCAGCAUCUGGUGGUGCAAUCAACGAGGCAGUAGUAACCUUGAGGGAAGGCGACCCCGAGUUCUUGGUCGCGCAUGUGGUAUUUGCGCCGAACCAUGGUGUCGCCGACCAGGAGACCUUCUUGGAGCGACUGCUAAGUAAUUUGGACGUGCCGCAGUAUAUGGUCCCUGUGGUGGCCAUUCCUUUGGACAAGUUCCCGCUUUCCAAUCACUCGAAAGUCGACCGGAAAGCGAUCAAGGAGUUGCCGUUGCCCAAGAAGGCGCAGGCAGUGCAAGAAGAUGAUAUAGAACUCACAGAGACAAUGGUACAGUUGCGCGGUGUCUGGCGCGAGGUACUUGGCAAAAGCAUCAAAGAUCUUGGACUGGAGAUUGGUCCCUCAACCAGCUUCUUCUUUGUUGGCGGCAACUCACUCCUGAUUAUUCGUCUUCAGUCACAGAUUCGCAUUACGUUCAACACUGCGUUGUCCCUGAUUGAUCUUCUUAGUGCCAAUACGCUUAGUGAAAUGGCGCACAAGAUUGACGAGUCGGCGAGCGUGGCUCCCCUCGACUGGGAGGCCGAGACUGCUCCUCCCAUUAUCCCUGCGUUUCUCAACGGGGUUUCCAAAACCCGCGCCACAGCUAAAGAGAGAAUAACUGGUAAGACGGUCGUCGUCACAGGAGCGACGGGUUUCCUAGCUCAGCACGUCAUGCCACAGCUUGCAGCCAGAUCCGACGUCGAGACAAUCCACUGCGUCGCAGUUCGAGAUCCCGCCAAACUCACCUUGACAUCUCCCAAGGUGAGAUUUCACGCUGGUAAUCUUUCGGCACCGCUACUCGGUCUCAGUACGGAGGACUUUAUCGAUAUUGCAACCCAGGUAGAUGUCAUACUUCAUAUGGGCGCCGCACGCUCCUUCUGGGACAAUUACAACGUUCUGCGGCCUAGCAACGUGCAUCCUAUCAAAGAGCUUCUCAAACUGGCUGCUCCAGGCAAAGUACCAAUUCAUUUCAUGUCAACUGCAAGCGUGUUUGGCGGCAAUGACAUUGACACCGUCUCAGCCGCCGACAGCGUGCCCCCUCUUGACGGAACGGAUGGAUACUCAGCAACGAAAUGGGCUAGCGAGCGAAUCCUCGAGCGCGCUGGUGCAACGCUCGGAAUUCCUUCCUCCAUCUACCGAUUCUGUCCUGCGACAACACAUGAGGCUGCGCCCAAAGAGCUUCUAGACUUGUUCGCUCACUUCGUGGAAAUUACCAAGGCAAUGCCCGACGCAAGCGGCUGGGCUGGGCGUAUGGACAUGAUUCCAGCCGCGAAUGUUGCAAGCUGGCUGUGCGAGUCGACCGUUGCCAAUGUCACGAAUAACGGCAUCAAUUUUACACAUUACCCGGGCAAAGUCAGCGUCUCGGUGGACGAACUGAUGCCGCAUCUUGAGAAUCAGAUGAGUGGACGAGACGAUCUUACACGCAUCCCGUUGCUUAAGUGGACUGGAGUUAUCAAAAGGGCUGGCUUUGAGUACUUCAUGAUGUCUCAUGAAGCUAGUAUCGAGAAGGAGGCUAAAUUGGAAAUGCGGAGGUAA